AUGACCCAAUUCUUAACGGGACACGGAUGUUUCAGCGAAUUUUUGCACAGAAUUGGUAGAGCGGACUCCGAGUAUUGUCAUCAUUGUCUCGAUGAGAUCGAUACAGCGCAGCAUACCCUCGAAUCCUGCAGUUCCUGGGACGCUGAGAGAGACGAACUGACGCGGAUUAUCCAGACUAUAAUAGACUCUAUUCUGGAUAGUGUAGACAAAUGGAGGGCCUUCUCGACCUUCUGCACACGGGUAUUGACCUGUAAAGAGGCGGCAGAAAGGGAGAGACAGGCGGCGAACAGGGCUCAGGUGUUCGAGCAUCUGGACUCUGAAACCUCAGAAUAG